AGCCACGGGGCCUGCGAGGCACCGAUGGGUUCGCUGGUGGCCAAGCUCCUUCUGCCCACCAUCAGCACCUUGGUCUUCCUCCCCACCAUCAGCAUCGCGGCCAAAACUAGUUUUCUAACUCUCUUUUAUUUAUUUCUUUUGGUUUUGAAGUUUUACCAUGCGUGUGACGGUCCUGGCUUAUCAGUGCUGUGCUUCAUGCGCUACGAUAUCCUGGAGUACUUCAGCAUCUACGGAACAGCUCUGUCCAUCUGGGUGUCCCUGAUGGCCCUGGCAGAGUUUGACGAGCCGAAGAGAUCGACCUUCGUCAUGUUCGGCGUCCUCACCAUCGCUGUGAGGAUCUACCACGACCGCUGGGGCUACGGUGUCUACUCGGGACCCAUCGGGACGGCCGUCCUUGUGAUAACCGUGAAAUGGCUGCAAAAGAUGAAAGAGAAGAAAGGGCUCUAUCCAGACAAGAGUGUCUACACCCAACAGAUCGGUCCUGGCUUCUGUUUCGGGGCAUUAGCGCUGAUGCUGAGGUUCUUCUUUGAGGAGUGGGAUUACACCUACGUGCACAGCUUCUACCAUUGCGCCUUGGCCAUGGCCUUCGUGCUGCUGCUGCCCAAGGAGAACAAGAAGGCCGGGAGCGGCGGGACCCCUGCCAGGCUCGACUGCUCCACGCUCUGCUGCUGUGUCUGA